CCCGGCUCCGUUCUCCCUUCGGGCGGGCGCGGUUGCGGUUCCCGCGCACCCCGCUAACGUUACUGGGCUCAGCGGCUUCGCGGCGACACUUCCAGCGACUCUGCCCGAGCCCAGGCUCGCACACAAGCGGAGCGGUUCCGCUCCCCGGCAGGUCCCGGCUGCCCGGCCCGGGGCCUCCGUGAUGCUCGGGGGCCGCCCGGUGCGGCCGCGGGGCCCGCGCUCCGACCGCCACAACCCGGGGAAGCUCCGGGAGGCAGACUCGCCCCCGUCGAGCCCUCCCGGCCGCUCUGGCGGGAGGCGGGGGCCUGGCAACUCUCCCCCCGCGGGCCGCGGGGCGGGCCGGGGCGGCGGGCGGCACCUCGGGGCCGGGGCUCCCGCCGGCAGGGGCCCGCCGGGAGCAGCGAGGGCGGGCGGCCGGGGCGGAGCGGCAGCCGGCAUGGGGGCCGGGGCGCUGGCCGUACGCCAAAGCAAAUCGGCUGUAAGAUUGAAAGAGGACAUGAAAAAGAUAGCUGUGUCUCCACUGAACAAGCAGAGGGACACAACCUGUCCAAAGGUGUUUGGUGUGAGUCUUCUGGAGCUCCAGCAGCAGGGACUAACCAAAAAUGGAAUCCCAAUAGUUGUGUGGAAUAUAGUGGAGUACCUCACCCAGCAUGGUAUGACACAGGAAGGUCUCUUCAGAGUGAAUGGCAGCAUGAAAAUGGUGGAGCAGCUGCGUCUGCAGUAUGAACGUGGGGAAGAGGUGGAACUCGUUAAAGAUGGUGAUGUGUACUCAGCAGCCAGCCUGCUGAAACUGUUUUUGAGAGAGCUGCCAGAUGGAAUUAUCACGUCUGCCUUACAUCCCAGGUUCAUUCAGCUUUACCAGGACUCUAGAAACGACAUGCAGAAGGAAAGUUACUUGAAGGAACUCCUUAAAGAACUGCCUGAUGCUCAUUACAGCUUGCUGAAGUACCUGUGCCAGUUCCUGACAAAGGUUGCUGAACAUCACGUAGAGAACAGGAUGAAUCUUUGCAAUCUUGCCACUGUAUUUGGACCAAACUGCUUUCAUGUGCCCUCUGGAUUUGAAGGAAUAAAGGAACAGGAGAUCUGCAACAAGAUAAUGGCAAAAAUGCUGGAAAAUUACAAUACUUUGUUUGAAUUAGAAGGCUUGAAGAAGGACGAAGAAAAGCCUGUAUGUGAAGAGCUAGCAAAAAUAAUUUUGGUAAAAAUGACCAAAUCCCCAGCGGAACCAUCCAGCCAAAUGUGCCUAUUGCCACAACCAGGCCAAUCAGAUGGAAUACCUCAAGUCAGCCUCCAAUUAACAGACAGUGCUUCAUGUGGGAAGGAGGUGGAGUUAGCAGAUGAAAUCUCCUUUGUUAACAAUGAUGUGUUUUUCUCCAGCUCCCAAGAAGAUGAGCGGCCUAUGUCACCCUUCUACGUGAGUACCCACGUAUCACAAGUCAGUAGCAACGUUCCUGCUACAGGAGAGUAUUUAGAGAAGACAAUCCGCUCAGCUGUGGAGCAGCAUCUCUUUGAUGUUCAUGGCUCAGGCAGCCAGAGUUCAGAGGACUCUGAAUCCGGGACAUCUUCAGCCUCUUCUAAUGUGUCUGCCAGGCAGAGGAGGCGACACCACAAAGAGCAGGAGGAAGCCUGGAGAAACAGAGACAUGGAAGUUGUCAACAAGGAAAACAUCCCCUCUGGAUUCAGCUGUCUUGAAGAUUGUGUUCUAGUUGCUCAAGAUGUAGAAAAAUUACAAGACACCAGCUCUGGAUACCUUAGUGAAAGGAAUAAAUCAAAACGUCAGAAAUCCAGCACCAAGCUCUCAGAGCUUAAUGACAACCAGGACAGUCCUGUGAGUAUGGAAAGCUUUAGCUCAUCCAAACCUAUAGAGAGAACAGGACCUGAUGACAUGGAAAUUUUAUCUGAAGAAAGCAAAGAAAGUGAAAACGAUGAAGUAUUUUUCAGGCAUUCUCAGCUGACCUCAAGUAUGAAGAUUCAAGAACAUCCAAGCAUGCCUGAAAACAAGUUGCAAAGAAAUCAAGAUGCUGAUGAUCAGGAAAACGGUUUUGUAUCUGAAGUGCCUCGGCUGGAUUUAACAUCACUGUGCGAUGACAACAACUGGGAAGAGCCCAUCCCUGCUCUCUCCUCAUGGCAGCGAGACGGCUUAGACUCAGAUGAGGCUCGCCUUUCCCCGCAGGCCGGGUGUUUGAUUCGCCAACUUCUGGAUGAGGACAGUGAUCCCAUGCUGUCCCCUCGCUUCUAUGCCUAUGGACAGAGCCAACAGUACCUGGAUGAUACAGAAGUGCCUCCUUCUCCUCCCAAUUCUCAUUCCUUCAUGAGGAGACGGAGUUCGUCUUUAGGAUCUUAUGAAGAUGACAGAGAAGACCUUACCCCUGCGCAACUCACCCGGAGGAUUCAGGGGCUGAAGAAAAAGAUCAGGAGAUUUGAGGACAAAUUUGAAGAGGAGAGGAAAUACAGACCUUCCCACAGUGACAAGGCAGCCAACCCUGAAGUGCUCAAAUGGACAAAUGAUUUGGCCAAAUUCCGAAAGCAACUUAAAGAGUCAAAACUGAAGAUUUCAGAGGAAGACCUUGGCCCUGUUGUGCGUCAACGCAGCAACACGCUCCCCAAGAGCUUUGGUUCUCAGCUGGAGAAGGAGGAUGACAAGAAGCAAGACCUGUCAGAUAAAUCUGCCAAGCCUGCCGUGGAAGUGACCCUUGACUCCAUCCAGAAGAAGCUUCAAGAGAAACGAGCAGAGACAAAUCGACCUGAAGACAUUAAGGACAUGACACGAGAUCAGAUAGCAGCUGAAAAAGUGGCUCUUCAGAAAGCUUUGCUGUAUUAUGAAGGCAUUCAUGGCAGACCGGUUACCAAAAAUGAGCGGCAGGUGAUGAAGCCAUUGUAUGACAGGUAUCGCUUGGUCAAACAGAUCCUCUCCAGAGCCAACACCAUCCCUAUUAUUGGUUCCCCCUCCAGCAAGCGGAGAAGCCCUUUGCUGCAGCCAAUUAUCGAGGGCGAAACUGCUUCCUUCUUCAAGGAGAUAAAGGAAGAAGAGGAGGGGUCUGAGGAGGACAGCAAUGUGAAGCCGGAUCUCACAAUUACCAUAAGAACAGAUUUCAGUGUGCGCAGCUUCUUGGAUCAACUAGAAGAUGAUGCUGAUGGCUUUGUUUCCCCGGUGGAUGAUAAGAUGCCAUCCAGGAGCAGUCAGGAUAAGGGGCUUUCAAAUCUCCAUGAAGCAUCCAUCCCUGAACUGUUAGAGCAGCUCCAAGAAGUCAGGGAAGAGAAAAAGCGAAUCAGAAAAAAAUUGAGAGACUUUGAAGAUAACUUUUUCCGACAAAAUGGAAGGAAUGUGCAGAAAGAAGACCGCACUCCCAUGGCUGAAGAGUACAAUGAAUACAAGCAGGUUAAGGCCAAGCUGAGGCUGCUGGAAGUUCUGAUCAGUAAGAGAGAUAUUAGCUCCAAGAUCCUGUAAAGGAGGAGAUUGUUUUUGCCAAUAAACAAAGAGGAGAGAGCACCAGACAAAUGCAUGAAAUGGAUGCAGCGGGAGCCUGACUGGGAGAGCUGAGGAGCUCCCUGGGAACUGAAGGGUCAUUCCCAGAGGUAGGAGAGGGAGGAAUGGUGGAUUUCUGUAACUCUCUACAUUUGCUGUUGCCCACUGUUUCUCCAGGCCUGAUGCCCAAAAUGGAGUUUGCCAGUGUAGGAGACACAACACUGCGCUCAGUGACUGCACUGAAGGGAUCCUUCUGUAUUGAUUUGCUUACAGAUCCUGUAAUAUUUAGAAUAUCAAAGCCAGCCAUGCUGUUCUUUUUUCCCAGGAUAUAGCAAGAAGCAGAAUAGGAUUAAUAACAAUGAAAUCAUCAAAUAGCUUCUACUUGAGUUGAACAGACAAGUGCCCUGACCAAUCUCAUGUUAAGGCACAAGUCAGGCAGCACCAAGACUGUUCUCUUGUAGCUACAGUAAAGAUUUGCUCAGAUUUUUGACAUGUUUGAAGUCCAGCAUCUUCUGUUGCUCUACAGAAAUGCUGUAAUAAUCUGGUCAUCACCCAGAGCUGGUGUGAGUUGCAGUUUUGCCCAGGCUUGUGUUAGGUUUUCUUCCCACGUUUUUGAUGCCCAAUUCAACCAAAGUAGAAAGAAGCACCUGAAUGUUUGGGAUAUUAAAGAAAAUGAGCCAUGCAGCCAGGUUCUUACCAGCUUGUUCUGCUUGGAGGGUGAUACUGAGACCUUCUGACCACAUUUGGGCAACAGGGAAGAGAAGAGGUUUCAAAAGCUUGGAAGGCAGAGUCCCUUGGGAUUUUGGUGGUUGGUUAAAUAUCUAGGAUCAAAUAUGUUGUAGACAUCUGGAAGACCCACCCCAUUAGUAGGAAUGUUCAUUGUGAUACGGACACCUGUGCCCAAGCUGAACAGUCCACACAGGUGUCUCACAAACUCACUCACCUAAAUUUUCUUCUUUUGUGCACAUCACGCCUGUGUGGACUGCAGCAGCAACACUGAUGGUGACAGCAAAGGAUGGGUUUUUCUUCCCAGUGUAGGAAGUAUGGCAGUACAGAGGAUACCAUAGGGAACUGAGAGCAUGGAGCUGUGCUCUACCUGUGGAAUGUGCACCUGUCUCAAGUGCAAGCUUUGACAAUUUACUGUUUCCAAAUUUGUUUAUGACUUUCAGAAAAGAAAGUCCUGGGACACCUGAUUCAGGUGUGUCUUGGUUUGAAAGACAGGUAUCUGCCAAGAAAGGCAGAAGCCUCCCUUAGAAUGUAAAAUGUAAACCCCCUCCCUCCAAAUUACUAUAAUUUUUGAAAUUAAGGGGCUCUCAGGCAAAGAUAUGAGAACAAGAAUGACAGUUCUUUACUAGUGUGUAUACUAAAGCAAUCAAACACCAACAACACAGCAUUAACACCACACAGAACCAGGAACACAGUCCCAGCCCCCUCGGCUGCAGCACCCUCCCCUCUGGUGCAGUUCUGGGCACGGCCAGCAGGGGUGCUGCUGGCUCCCGGCCAGGUGGGGCAGGUGUGGUGAUUACCCUGCACCUGCAGGGGGCGCUGUGGCGCAGGCUUGGGGAUCACGUGGUGAUAGCAGCUCGGCUGAUUCGGGAAGGUAGGGAAGACAGACUUUGCUCCACAAUCCCCAGGGGCAGCUGAUCCCAGUGCCCCAGCAGGACUCUCAGAAAACAAUGAGUAAAACAAUCCCAGGGUGGUAGAGGAGAUGUAUCAGAAGCUAUUCCAGAGCCAUGGCUGGAACCGUGGGAUGUCUCGGCAAGGCAGGGGAUGCGGGGCUACAGUGCAGUGAAAGCUCGGAGCAGUGCCAAAGAGGCAGUGAGGGUGGGCCAGAGGAGCCCGGCUUCCAGCAGGGCAGAGAGGGGUGAGCUCAGCAUCCUGGGCGCCUGAGCAGAUGGGGACAGGUCCCUCUUUUAGUGAGGUAAGCAUUAACAAAGUCUCAGUUCAGUGGCUGCUCUCACAAGGAGAAGGCUCACCCCAGAAAGGAAGAAGCAGUACAGGACAGAAUCCUCCCAGCAGUAAGAACAGCUUGACCGUCCUCUGAUGCUGAGAGGAAGAAAGUGAGACUAGCCACUGCCCCCACCCCUUUACUUGCCCAAUUCUCACGGUAUCUCUGCCCCUUGGAGAGAAAUCCCCCCCCCCCCCCGCCCCAGAUGAGAGAAGUACUACCAGAUACCUGAGCUUGGCCACUUUGUUUUUCUUAAGUACCCAUAAGUACCCAGUAGUUAAUGGGGAAAAUUAUGGGAAAAAUUCUAUAGGUAAGAAGGAACAAAAGAAAAUGAACCUAACCCCCAACAAGGUGCUCAUGUCAAACAGCUGCUGCCUGAAGGAGAGAAAGGCCCCAAGUUCAGGGCUUGAAGUUCUGCCAUCCUGGGACACCUGGGCUCACUCUCCCACUCCAGAGGCUUAUGUACACCCCUGGUCUUCCCUGAGCCACACUCCACCUUGAAUCCCAAGGGAGGGCACUUCUGUAAUGCUUUCUUCAGCUCCCCAGGGGAUCAUUGCCAAUGUACAGAAGCCAAAUAACCAAGAUGAACUCCAGUACUGGUGUGUCAUGCAUGUCACACCAGAGGAGCCAAAAGGACUCCCAGAACAACUUCUUCCCCUUCCUUCUUUAUUAAGGGCAAGUGGGUUCACAAAUACUUGUAUUUAGUUUGUGGUACUUAUGUAAGGGUACUUUAUCCCCUUUCACUUGCUAUGUGUGCUGUGUGUGUUCUUGCCAAAAUUGCUUCUAUUUUGGUCUCUUCAGGAUCCCUUGAACUCUUACAAAGGUGGUCAUGGGCUGUAUGUGCACUUUGCUAAUCAGGGUGGGUGUCCUAAUUUAGGGCAAAUUGCCCCAGCUGGUUCAGGAAAAGAUGUCCUUGGAGAAAAGUGGAAAAAAAAAUGUUUAUUUAACAAGCAAAGCACUGACAAACAUAAAAAAUGAACAAUACCAAAUAAUAAAACCUCUUGUUGUUCUGAAGUGAUGGCAAAUUCAGAAAGUUCUUUUUGUGGGGUGUAGCUCAGCUCGCUGCGUGUGUCUCAGUCCCUCUGGCACUGGAAUGCAGUGUCCCAGCCCCGGUGGGCCACAGGUGUGAACUCCCAGUGUUCUUCUGAGAUUUUGGUCCAAAGCAGUUUUGAACAGUUCCAAGAAAAGGAAAAGCCACAAUCCAAGGAACUUCUCUGCCUCAGCUAGCUAAAAACUGACUAAAAGCAAAAGAGAGCUCUGUCCCCCUGUCCAUUCUGCAGACAACACAAUCCAGGAGCAGGAUGCAGGGAGCCAGUGCAUUUCUGAUAACAAACUGCACGCUGCUUCUGCCACCCCCUUCGCUCUUGGAACCAGCCUUAAAGGUGUAGAACUUAAUACCCAGCAUAAACAGAACAGAUGAUUGGGGAUACAAACAUCAUAUAGUCAUCCCAGGACACUCGGUAAGGCAGAGAUGUGUUAGUGAAAGCACUUGGAAUGGGGACUCAUGGCUUGGUUUGGUUUUUUAUUGAUUGCAGAAUUGCCUGUUCCAUAUAAAACCAGCAAAGACUGAAUUUUAUAUUUCCAAACAGUCCAGAGAACUUGUGUGCUGACCUAGGGCUUGGCUUUUCAGAGGUGUUGAGUUCCCAUCUCCUGAGAUGGGAUCUCCUCUGAUCCUUGGUGUGUCUUAACUGGGCUGACAGAUUGGAUCAAAAAAUGCUUUGAAGGGAAGCCUUCAGAAACCCCCAGGGCAGCUGAUCUCAGUGUCCCAGCAGGACUCUCAAAAGCAGCAAGCAGGAAUGAGCAAAAAUCCUGGGGUGGUAGAGGAGAAGUAUCAGAAGCUAUUCCAGAGCCAUGGCUGGAACCGCGGGAUGUCUCGGCAAGGCAGGGGAUGCGGGGCUACAGUGCAGUGAAAGCUCGGAGCAGUGCCAAAGAGGCAGUGAGGGUGGGCCAGAGGAGCCCGGCUUCCAGCAGGGCAGAGAGGGGUGAGCUCAGCAUCCUGGGCACCUGAGCAGAUGGGGACAGGUCCCUCUUUUAGUGAGGUAAGUGUUAAUAAGGUCCCAGUUCAGUGGCUGCUCUCACAAGGAGAGGCUUACCCCACAGCAGAAGCAGCAGCUCUGGGUUGGGCUCCAGCAGCAGCAGCGAAUUCCUUUCCUCAGGGAGCAGCUCUGACCAUCCUCCUCCAAAGCCAAAAGAGAGAGGAGAGCUGCCCCAGCUCUAUCCUUUAUCUGCCCAAUUCUCCGCUUGGAGAGAAACUCCCAGAUAAGAGAAAUGCAAUCUGAUGCCCUCCUCCCCUGAUCUUGGCUACUUCUUUUGUUUUUCUUAAGUACCCAGUCGUUAAUCUUUCCUAGCAAUUUAUGGGAAAAAAAUCUGUAAGUAAAAAGGAACAAAAGGAAAGAAACCUAACCCCCAACACUGUCCUUCAAAAUCUGUGUCACUGAAAGGGCAGGUUAAGUCCUACAGAGACCUCUGAGGCAGCUGAGGCCAGCACACUCUAGAAUGUAUUUUUUCAGCUUGGCUGCCACAAGCACAAGAAUCUCUCCGAUCUUUUUCUGACAGUUCUCUAUGUCCUUGGAGACAACACACCAGAGCUCUCCAUGGUGAGGUUCAGCAUUCUCACAGCGUUUCCUCACCUCUUCUUGUUGUUCCUUUGUGCCAUAUUGGAGCUCAAAUUUGUAAAAGAAGGUCCAGGCAUCCCCCAGGUCAGAGUCUAUCUUCACUGUGCAGUGGAACCACUCUCUGGCCUUGGUUAUUUUAUGCUUGCUCCAGAACAGCUUGGCCACAGCCAGCAGGACAUAUGGGUCAUGUUCACAUUUCUUGAGAGCAUCCACACCCUUGGUCUUUCGUUGCAGCUGCGCUUCAAGGAAAAUUGCGUCUGACCACAGCAUUCCUGAAUUGGGGCACUCUUGCAGUGCCUUGGCCAUCAGACUGUUAGCAACAUUCUUCAGCCCAGCUCGGUACUCCAAGUUUACAGACUCCAACCAGAGGUCUGGAUUCUUUGGAUUCUUCAGGCGAGACUUUUCCAAGAUGGCUCUUGCUCUAGUCAGCUGCACGACUUUCUCCUCCAGCCUGGACAGCAAAAGCUACAGGGGUAUGGAAUGGGGGCACUUCUUCAACCCUUGAUUAUAAGCCUCCUGUACUUUCUCUACCAGCUCUUUUUGUUCUUCAAUUUGUUCUUUAAUCAUCCACAGUUUGGGGAAUCCCUCAUAGUGCUUCAGGGCUUCCUCACAGAGCUCCUGGGCUGCAGCAAUGUUCCCAAGUACCCAUUCCAACUUCACAGACUUUAUGAAGACCCUUGCUGUGGGAGCACUGCUGCGAGCUUUUGCCAGCAGCCUCCUCACUCUUUCAAACUCAUUGUUCUCUGACUCGAGCUUCACAGGAGCCAGCCAGAUCUCCUCGCUGUUGGGGUUGGCCUGGAAAGCCAGGGCCAAGAUGCUCCUGGCUGCUGGCACAUCUCCUGCCAGCCACUUGGAUUUGACUCCCAUGAGCAACAGCACCUCUGCUUUGGGACAGUGAGCAACAGCUCUCUGUAAAAUAGCCUCGAAAGAUUCUCUAGUUUCAUGGUUCUUUUCAAAGUAGGCUGCUUGCAGCCACACACUGUUCUUGCUCAGGAAGACUUGCAAGGCAUAGGCAUGAAUAGCUCAGGCACACUCCAGGGCAUUAUGAGCAACACAACUGUUGUAUCUUCCAUCCAGGUGUGUUUCUGAUCUUCUUCCUCGAUCCCAAUCCCAAUUACAGCUCUCAUGAUUGCCUGGCACGUGGCCACACUUCCAGCUUUAUCACAUUCCUCAGCAUCCUGUAUGCACUGCUCUCUGUUGAUUUCCACACCAUUAGCCCUAAGAGAUGUGAUGGCUCUGUCAAUGAUUUUCUCUACCAUCUGAUUAUUUCCAUUGGCUUCCUCCAGUUUGGCAGCAGUAAUCCAGAUGUGACAAUCCAUGGGGAUAUUCUGGGCUUUGUUAAGGACUUUAUGAGCGCUCUCAUAUGUCUCCAGCCUUGUCAGCACCAGCCACAGUUCAACACUGGUUGGACAGCACUCCACAGCCCAGCUCAGCAUGAUCCUGGCAUCCUCAGGUUCCUCCAGCUCCAUGGCUGCUUUCCACAAACAUACCGAGUUUGGAACAUGCUCAAGGGCUUUCCUAAGGACACGUUUCUUGGCACGAUGUCUGUCUACAGCUCUGCUGCUCUGAUACAGAUCUGCACAGAAUGUGGCAGGUGCCGCACAGCCUGGGCCCUGGCUGUAUCUCCUGGCUGAAGUCGAGCAGCUUCCAACCAAACAUCUUCACUCUUAGGGCACCUCUCUGUUCCUUUCAUGAUGAGGUUUCGAGCCACCUGGAGUUUGCCAGUGACCUCCUCCAGUCAAGCUGAUGCUAUCCAGGCUGGUGGAUGAUGAGGAUUGGUCUCUCAGACAGAUUUCAGGGCUUUUUUGAUAUCAUCGAUAGCUCUUCCGUGUGUGGGAAUCAUGAAAUUCAGGUCUGUCAAAUACCCUUUUGGGUCCACUACAGUCUGGCCAGUCACAGAGUCUGACACCUGGCUUAGCCUCAUAUCCAUCAAGGUGUACCUGGUUUGGCCAGUCUUCCUCAUAUCCAAUUCACCUGUCCCAGGUGUCAUCAAGCCUGGUGUCAUUCUUCCUGGGUAUGGAGUAUUCAAACCCCCUGGAUACGAAGUAUUCAGUCCACCAAAUUGUGUCUGGCGUGGGUCCACGGAAGUGUGAGUCUCCUCUGACUGCAAAUGCUUUGCAAAGAAGCUGCUGGGGACGGAAGUCAGCGUCUCAUAACGAGGAUUCCUCUGCCACUUGUUCCUGGCAUCCCCAGCCUCAGGAAUACUCAGCCACUCCUCCUCAGUAACCUCUGCUAAUUUCCAUUUCAAGACUGAGAACCACUGUUGAAUUUUGGGUUGUUCCAUACAGUACUUUUUUUCUUUCCUCUUUUUCUUGUUGUUCCCUCCUUUCUUUCCUGCAUUCAUCCAUCUGCUUCUUCAUCAUCUUUCUCAUAGGGGCCACUUGAGAACAGGCUCCCAGCAUAGCCAUUGAACUCAUCAUAGUUGGUGUCAUUCAAAUCCCCAUCAUCAUCUGCUGUCUGGUUCUUCUUCAUCUGGUUCCCCACAGUUCUCUUGCCCAGCAGGGUGUGCCGGUCAUCCACAGGGUCGUUGGCAUCGCGGGCAGGGCCGAUAUCAGAGCGGGUGGUGAAACCCAUGGCUCGACGGCCCAGCCCCGGCAGGUAGCCCAGGGGCGUGGGCACACCCAUCUUUUUCAUGAUGGUGGCGGCAAGGUGAGACCGAAGCCAGACCAGAGCAGAGCCGGGAGAAGCAGCUGGGAAAGCGGUGGCAGAAGUGGUAGCGGAGCUAAUUCCCUUCCCCAAACAGCAGCUCUGACUGUCCUCCAAAGCCAACAGAGAGCCUGCAGCUGCCUCAGGCCCAUCUUUUUCCUGCCCAAUUCUCGUGGUAUCUCUGCCCCUCGGAGGGAAAUUCCCAGAUAAAAGACGUACAACCAGAUGCCCUCCUCCCCUAAGCCUGGCCAAGUAUUUUAUUUUUCUUAAGUACCCUGUUUUUCUGAAGAAUCCAGUUGUUAAAUGUUUCCUAGCAACUUAUGGGAAAAAAAAUCUCUAAGUAAAAAGGAACAAAAGGAAAGAAACUGAACCCCCUAUGAUAGUUUGAAAGCAAACCAGUGAGAGACCCCAAGUCAGAACUACAAUUUACUAGGAAAAUUAAAAUAAAAUGCAGUAGCACAAAAACACUGACAAGAGUCAGAAUACAACCUGACAGCCUGUCGGUCAGAGUGUUGGUAGCAGUCCUAUUAAAUGGUGGCUGCAGUCCUCCUGGAGUGACAGAUGUGGUUCUGUUGAACCAGUGAUCCUGUAGAAGAGUGUAGCUUUCCUGUGAAGCUUCAGUAUAGGUGUAGAUGGGCCUGGUCUUCCUCUGGGAAUCCAGCAGAAAAAGGCUGCUUGUAGUGCUCCAAGUCUCAGAUUAUAUCCAGGUAGGAAUGCUUGGCUCCUCCCACUGGGCAGAGCAUCUCACAAUGGGAUGAUGUAAUUCUAUCAGUCAUGCUGUAAGACUCAAUGGCCCAUUAAGAGAAGAUAUCCCCCUGGAGUCAUGAGGGAUGGGUCUUAUAAGAGAUAAAGAACACUGUGGCACGCGGUUUUAACAGUUGGUAAUAGAAUAGAUACUUUUGGUUACAUCUUGCAUUGCAACCUAAGACACCCCCAACAGCUGAGCUUUUCCCCUGACAUAUCUUGAUAAAUGCUAUUAUAGGCAACAGUCCAAUUUAAUUUUAAACUGAUGAGAUUGUAGCAUUUUCUGAUGCUUAGUUACUGCUGUUUACAUGGUAUAUUGCUAGAAUUUCAGAUAGUUUCUAUGAAAUAUAAGUACAGUUAUGAACUUUAGAGAGUUUAUAUUUUUGAACUUUGAAAACUAAAAGUAACAAAACCUAUUAAUGGAGAUUGUACAUUAAAAGAAAAAAAAAAAGCACACCUAGCCAUCUCUCUUUUUGAACUGUUCAAGUCCUUUCCUAUGUCCAAAAACAAAGCAAAACUUUAGCUGCCUCCUUGUGAAGGGAACUGCUAGAAAAUAUUAUCAGAAAGAAGUUAAUUUUAGAAUUCCAGUCCUGGAAAGACACAUGCCACUGCUGAACUUUAUCCUGGGUUUGCAGAUGCUGUGACUCCCUUCUCCCAAACCUGCGCAGGAGGAGGACUCCUGAGCACUGAAACGUUGUCUUUAUCUCACAAAUAUGAUUUAACUUCCCACUGACCACAAAUAGCUAGAAAUUAUGUUUGCCCCACCACACCAAGUCAAUCUAAACAAGAGCUGUGCAUUUUGUUUGAUGAUUUGUCUGUGCCAACAUCAAUGAUUAUUAACUGGAGAACAUUAAAUACAAGACUGUGCUUUUUAAAAGGUGUGAAGUACUGUACAAAAUUGUACUUUAUGUGAUAUAUAUAAGCUGUUUUGUGUAAGACAACCUCUUUCCACGUCACUAGAAAGAACAAAGCUGUCUGCUGUAGGAUGGCAGUAGGGUCUGUCAGGCUUCCCAUCCAUGGGGGCUGCCUCAGAUGUGUCUGUGUUACCACAUUGUGGUAUAAUAAAUCAUUAAAAUGUAAAUGCUGGCCAUGAAUGGGUUGUGCAAAAAAUAAGAUUGCAUAAGUGAAAGAGGGAAAACCUGCCAUUCCAACAAGUUGCAUUUGGUUUUAUUCUGUUUACUCCUGAGUAAACAGUUGAACAAUGGAUGUUUCUGUUAAUGGCAGUGAAAUUAAAGCAUUUUUCUUUUAAUCAUUCUGCUGAUACAUUGGAUGUUACUUUUGGUGUGUGCAAGUUUCAGAGCGUAAGUGCUGCCAGCUAUCCUCCCACCAGAGGAGCCGUCUUUGGAGCUGUUUGCAAGUCCGUGAUUGACUGCUGCUGCAGAGGUGAGAGCAGGGGAACCCGACCAAAAUUGUUACAGAUUGAGUAAAAACAAAUGUCUGCAGGGAUUCCAAUACCUGGAGAAGUACAAAGUAACCCACAGGUGGUAGAAGGGGACUAAAUGGGCCAGAGUGGGCCUGGUACACCAUAAUUAAAUGUGCUGAUGGCUGAGCAGGAUUUCCUGGGCUCCUCCUGUUUCUCCCUCAGGUGUUCAACUAAGGUUUUGGUGCCUUUGACUGCCACAACAUGUGGUGUCAGAGGCCCUUUGCUUGGGGUGGAAGACACAGGAAUUGGCUCAGAGAGUCCAAACUGGACAGCCCACCCCACACGCCCACUGCAUGUCUUGGUGCCCUACAUUUAGAAGAUUCAUGCAAAAAGCUCUUGCCCUAGGAGAUUGGAGUGGAUUGACAUCUCAAGUUCUUGGAGAGGACAGUGAAGUUUCACCAACUUGCAUAAUCACUCUCAGCACGGAGAGUUGGAACGCUUACUGGACCUUGUAUGGUUAGCAAGUGCAUGAUCCUUGUGCUUCCCUUUGGACACCUGCAUGCAGGGAACCAUCUCCUAGAAUAAUGGAUAUGUACAUACAUCAAAGAACACAUAAUUUUGUAAAAAACUUGGUGUAUAGCAAAUAUUUGGGUUGGCUGAAUGCAGAAACCAGUACCAGGGUGGGUGUGGGUGCCUGACUGAAAAAAAAUUGUUAACAAUCCCUUUUCUUCAGACUGCAUUUGGUGUACAAAAGCAACUUGGGAAUGCAUUCCUCAGCUAAUGACACCUCAGUGACUCUAGACUUGGGUCUCUGUUUACAUGAUUUAUGUAAAAGAAACUUCAAACUAAUCAAUGGUGUCCUUUUCAACACAAAUGGAUUGAAAAACAUUAUGUGUACGGUUUGUGUUUUGUAUAAAACAAGAAAAUACAACUAUUUGACUGCA